AUGAAGUGCCUUUCUGCAGCCUACAAGCUUUUGAGAAAGGAUGAGAAGGCCGCACUCAUCCAAGACAUUGCGGAGGACAGCGAUGAAGAAGAUGAGGACAAGGAGGAACUUGCUGAAGGAUGUGAAGCUCAGUUGGACACAGCGACUGUGACCAAACAGCCACACCAUCGUUGUUGUAGAGGUACUGAGCUUACCGCGGCCGAGUUAGCCUUGGAUGAGUAUACCAAUGACGAAGAGGAUCCCGGUAGAAACAAAUCUCGGGUUGUUGGGGGCAAGAAGCCAGCUGGGAUUGUCCGUGGGACUGUCUCCAACUUGGUUCGCAAGAAUCAAGUUGAAAGUGCCCUCAACCAAUGGUCAGCCAAGUCUCAAAGCACUUAUCAACCAACUGCUUCCGUUUGGAGCGGUGCACACCAGGAGCCUUUAAGCCAAACUAAGAGAUGA